UAAUAAUAGCAGUGGCAGCGAAGGCAGCACCUGAAACAGAGUAAAGAAAAGAGGAAGGUCAAAGAAAACCGAAUAACUUAGGAAUCUGAUUCUCUCUCCAUUCUAUUCUGAUUAGAUCACAGUGCUUUCAUCAUUCCAACGCUUCCUAGACUAUAAAAGGGUAAAAAAAAAUGGAGGGAACUGUCUUCGCUCCUGCACUGGAAGAACUUCAGCAUGUAAAGUCUGAGCAAGGAGAAAUUCUGACCAAGCCUUUCUUGGAUGCAUGCAAGCAUAUAUUGCCUGUUAUAGAUAAGUUUGGAGCUGCUAUGGCCCUCGUCAAAACUGACAUUGGUGGUAACAUAUCGAGAUUGGAAACUUCAUAUUCCUCCAAUCCAUCCAGAUUUAACUACCUGUACAGUUUGGUACAAGUAGAGGUUGAAACUAAAACUACUAAAUCGUCAUCCAGUUGUACCAAUGGACUUCUUUGGCUGACAAGAGCAAUGGAUUUCUUGGUGGCUUUGUUCCAAAACUUAAUCGAGCAUGAAGAUUGGCCAAUGUCACAAGCAUGUACAGAUUCCUACAACAAGACUCUGAAGAAGUGGCAUGGCUGGCUUGCUAGUUCAAGCUUCACGGUAGUCAUGAAGCUUGCUCCUGAUAGGAAGAAGUUCAUGGAGGUGAUAGGAGGCACCGGUGAUAUCAAUGCUGACAUAGAGAAAUUUUGUUCAGCCUUUACUCCUCUCCUUGAAGAGAAUCACAAGUUUCUGGCUCGUUUUGGCUUGGAUGAUAUCAAGGCAUCAUGAAUCACGGAUUCAUGGUCAGAAGUUCUUGAUGAGUAGCUUUUGCAUGGUCACUUUCGUUUCUUAUUGAAUCUAUAAACUCCAUGUUUCACCUUUGGCAUCCAGAUGAACGAGCAUGAUAAAUAAGCAUUGACUUCAAUCUUGUGCCGCUAAUUACUCUAUAAGAUAUUAUAGUGGUUCUUUAGUCAUGUCAAAACCCUAUGUGCAUGACUUCAAUCUCUCUAUUUUUCUAUUAUUUUCUAUGCCACAUCAAAUAAUGUGCAAGUCCCUUUAUAGUUUAUACAACAUGCGAUGCUACUUGAACACGAGUCAUUCAUAAUGUGGCAGCACCACAUCAAGAGGCAUUGCUUUACAUGGUGUAACACUUCGGGAACAAAAAAUGUAACCCCAUAUGGGCAUGAGCUACUCAUGGAAGCUUAUCACCUGGCUCAAAUUAUAUGAACACAAAAUAUAUACCAUAUUGCAUUGUCAUCGAUGAGGGUAGGUGGAUAGAUUUUAGUGACUAGCAGCAAUGGCACACACAACGAUAUGAUAGUGAUUUGUGAUGA